GGAGGAAACACACUCUGCGCACAUACACAGACGCACACACGCGCGCUGUGUCUGCUGCAGGCUGCAUCCUCCUCUUCCUCUUCCUCAUCAGUGUUUUGCACAGACCUGCAUCUCACUCACUGACCACCUGGAUUCUGCAGCUGCAACACCAUGCACCAGUGCAUGCGCCAUGCUUCUGAUCGAUUCCUGUAUCAGAGAAUAAUCCAUAGCCGCAUGGUGACGUCACGCCGUUAAACGGUGAUAGUGGCUGUGCGCGCGGGUCGGUGGGCGGGUGGCUGUUAGGUGCCGCGCGGACGCCAGGGGUAGAUAGAUGGGUGCACUGAACGCAAACACCGGAUAGGAGAAAGGAAGGAUAAAUAACGCACCAGGACUGUUGUGUGGACGCGCGUGGGGGACUGUUGUGCUGUUUGUUUGUUUGACGCGUCUGCGCGUGGGGGAUGUAGCAGCAGUCACGGCCGCUUGCAGAAGGAGGAGGAUGGAUGCGUAACAGGACGGAUCGAGCCAGCUGUGGCCUGCUUCUCACAGCAACAUCUGGCCGGGUCAGAGAGGGCGCCUCAGCAGCCAGCCGGUUCUGGACAAUCGUGGGGAGGAGGUGGAGGAAGAGAUGGAUAUGGAGGAGGGGGACGCAGAGGGGGAAGGGCCCAUGGCGGUCAGAGAGGGGCCGAGCGGUCACGGCCUCCAGCAGGACGACAACAGCAGCACAAGAACGACCAACACCACCACCACCACCAACCUCCUGGCUUCUGUCAAAGAACAGGAGCUGCAGUUUGAGAGGCUGACUCGGGAGCUGGAGGAGGAGCGGCAGAUCGUGGCGAGCCAGCUGGAGAGGUGCAUGCUGGGAGCCGAGUCACCGGGGGGAGACAGUAGCAGCUCAUCUGAGAAGUCGUUUGCAUGGAGAUCUGCAGGCGGAGAGUCGCAGGGCGGAGCCAUGGAGGCGUCUGGUCGUCACAUGGAGGUGGAGGAAGGACUCUUCCUGCCUGAACCGGACCGCGCCUCCCUGCAUGACAGUUCAGGAGGUCACUCGGCCCAGAUGACGUCGUAUUCGGACAGCGGUUACCAGGACAGCAGCGUUAGCUACUACAGCAACCAGAACGUGGUGCGCUCAGAGCCCCGGGCAUCGCUAUCCAGGAGCCCGAGAGCUGAGGGUCAAGCCUCUGGGCAGGUGUCUGGUCGGAUGUUACGCAGGAUGGCCUCCCUCCCCUCCAGGAGUCAGUCCCCUGGUUGUGGCACUGCCGGCACUGUCUCGCCCUCCCGCAUCUCCCUGCGAACAUCCCAAGGCAGCACCUACGACUCGCCCAUCCUCUCGGAGCCAAAACCUCUCGCUGCUGUAUUCCCCGGCACCUCCAUGCCGCCUUCCUGCCCUUCACCGACCUCACCGACUGACGGCACGCAGGCCCUGGUUGGCGGUGGUGUGGGAGGAAAUAUUGGAGUAGGAGGAAUAGGAAUAGGUGGAGGAGGUCGUCUAGGCUCUACGCUCUCUCUGGUGGAGGGGCGGGCUUUGACGGGGUCGCCGCUGAGAUCAGGGAUGACAGCCGUGCCGCAGCAUUAUGGCUCCACGCUGCCAAGACAGAGUCAGCCGCUGGCAUAUGGAGCUGAUCCGUAUGGCCUGUACCAGAGGAGCGCACUGCCCCGCCCGGACUCCCUCAUAGGUCUCCACAGCUCGUAUGCCGGUCAUGGGGGGCAGAUUGACCCCGAGCUGAGGGCGGCGUUAUCUCCUGACUGCCACAUGACGCCCGUUUUCGACGAGCGCUCCUUCCACAGCCCGCUGUACCACAGCCCCACCCACGACCCCCAGGGAGCCCUCUACAGGUCGAACACAGGUAUGGGCACCCUCCCUCGGGCCACGAGCCACUGCAGCACGCUGCCGUACCAAAGAAGCAGCAGCUACGGGCUGAGCACUGCAGCUCUCUAUGUCGACCCCUACCGGGUUUCAGCGGAGCCCGUCUUCUCUCAUCGGCACUCUGGGCUGGGGGAACGGGUCGGCACACGCACCCCGUCCAUGGAGAGCAUACACAAAGACCCCAGGGAGUUCGCUUGGCGUGACCCCGAGCUGCCGGAGGUCAUCCACAUGCUGCAGCAUCACUUCCCUUCCGUCCAGGCCAACGCUGCCGCCUACCUGCAGCACCUGUGCUACGGAGACAACAGGGUGAAGGUGGAGGUGUGUCACCUCGGAGGGAUCCAGCACCUGGUGGACCAGCUGGAUCACAAGACUGCCGAGGUUCAGAAGAGCGCCUGCGGAGCUCUGAGAAACCUGGUCUACGGCAAGGCCACCGACAACAACAAGGUGGCUCUGAGGAACUGCGGCGGCGUGCCCGCUCUGCUGCGGCUCCUCAGGAAAACCACAGACAACGAAGUCCGGGAGCUUGUGACGGGCGUCCUCUGGAACCUCUCCUCUUGUGACGCGGUGAAGAUGACCAUCAUCCGUGACGCUCUCUCCACGCUCACCAACACCGUCGUCAUCCCACACUCGGGCUGGAGCAGCGUCUCGCACCGCGACGAACACAAGGUCAAGUUCCAGUCGUCGCUGCUGCUGCGAAACACCACCGGCUGCCUGAGGAACCUGAGCUCAGCAGGGGAGGAGGCGAGGAGUCAGCUGCGUUGCUGUGAAGGUCUGGUGGACUCGCUGCUUCACGUGCUCAAAGCCUGCGUCAACACGUCCGACUACGACAGCAAGAUCGUGGAGAACAGCGUGUGCACCCUGAGGAACCUCUCGUACCGCCUGGAGGUAGAGAUGCCCUCCUCCCGUCUCCUCGGGAACCAGGAGCUGGACACCCUGCUGGGCUUCUCCUCCCCGGCCAAGGAGCUGGACUACCUCUGCUGGGGCAAGAGAAGGAGGGGGAGGAAGAGGGGCGGGUGGCCUGAUGAUAAGUGGGAUGGCGUUGGACCGAUCCCAGGUUUCUCUCAGCCUCUUAGGGGGGCGGAGCUGCUGUGGCAUCCUCUGGUGGUGAAGCCAUACCUCAACCUGCUGGCCGAGAGCUCCAACCCCGCCACGCUGGAGGGCGCCGCUGGAGCGCUGCAGAACCUCUCUGCUGGGAACUGGAAGUUCUCCACCUACAUCCGAGCUGCGGUGCGUAAGGAGAAGGGUCUGCCCAUCCUGGUGGAGCUGCUGAGGAUGGACAAUGACCGGGUCGUCUGCUCUGUCGCCACCGCUCUACGAAAUAUGUCUUUGGACACACGCAACAAGGAGCUGAUAGGAAAGUACGCCAUGCGGGAUCUGGUGAACCGGCUCCCGGGCGGCAAUCCCAGCGUGCUGUCAGACGACACGGUGGCGUCUGUGUGCUGCACGCUACACGAGGUCACAAGCCGCAACAUGGAGAACGCCAAAGCUUUAGCGGACAGCGGCGGCAUCGAGAAGCUGGUGGACAUCAGCAAAGGACGAGGGAAAGGGUACUCGAUGAAGGUGGUGAAGGCUGCGGCUCAGGUGUUGAACACGCUGUGGCAGUACAGAGAGCUGAGGACCCUCUAUAAACAGGACGGCUGGAACUACACCCACUUCGUCACCCCGGUCUCCACUCUGGAGCGAGACCGCUACCUUUCACAGCCGACGCUGCCCACCAGCCCGCUGCAGAUGUCCCCCGUCAUCCAAUCAGGUGGAAGUGCGACCUCCUCUCCGGCGAUGCUCGGGAUCAGAAGACACAGCUCCAACUAUCAGAGGGCGCAGUCAUCUAUGCAACUCGACACGUAUUAUGGAGACAACAGUUUACACAAACGGCAGUACACAGGGUCUGAGAAGAAAACUCCAUACUUCAUUGGGACAUAUUCUUCUCAGUCAGGAGAGGAUCUGAGAAGGUCCCAGCACACAGAGCCAUUCUACGACGAGCCCGACAGGAAGAACUACAACAGCUACAGAAUGUACCUGUCGUCCCCUCAAGGCUACGGAGACGAGCAGUACGAGGACGAGCCGGUCCACCUGACCCCGUCCUCCCCAGACGGCUACGCCAGCCAGUCGCUCCGGUUCAAAGCAAACACCAACUACGUGGACUUCUACUCCACCACGCGGAGGCCUUCAAACAGGGCCAACAAGUUCACCGGCUCCCCCGACUCCUGGGUGUAGAGACGAAGCGGGCGCUGCGUACGUCCAGCUUUGUGUGUAUGUGGGUGUUUGUGUGUGAGAGAGGAGUGCGUGUGUGUGUGAGAGAGAGAGAGAGAGAGAGAGGAUGCAUGUGGAUGUGUGUGUAUCUGUGUUGAAACUGUGCUGAAUGACCAGGGCUCUGUUUGCUACAGGCAGCUUUUGACCAACUUACAUCUUGUGCACAUUCAUGCAGAGAAAUGAUGUUAUAUUAAUAAAUAUAAUAAUAACAUUCAGGAUUCUCGUUAAAGUUUGACCUGCUGCUGCUCUCCUGUCUUUAAAAGAAGGAGGGGAUUGGACAAAGUCUUUAAUAAGAUGCUUAUUUGAAGGGAUGUUAUUUUUUGAUCACAAGCAGGCAGAAAAACUCAAAUCAACAGUUUCACACUUAAAGGCUUAAAGAUUAUUAUUUGUUAAGCAUCAUCUCGUGUGGUGCAGACGAUGCAGGGAGGCAGGUUAGGUGAGCUAAAGGUUUGUGGGAGUAGAGCUGAAGUUGUUCUUCUCUGCAUCAUAAUGAUCAUGAAGGAGAAACCUUUGAAUGACACAAAGAUGAACUUGGUCAAACGCUGCUUUAUGAGAAAAAAAAAGCCCAAACUUUGUUGUUCACCGGAGUGUUUAAAGUCAACAGAUUUCAUUUUUCUCUGCAGUUAAAGUGAGCAGUGUGUCGGCUUUAAGACAUAAAUAUCAUCAUGAACACCAGAGAACGCUGUAAAAAGAAAAAACCUGGGACAAACAUUAUUUACAGUCUACGGGGACGUGGUGAGAAACCACCACACGUCCCGGUUUAGAGAGGAGAACCUUUAAAGACUCAGGAGAUCCAGGGUCACUCCUGGAACUCUCUGCUCUUCUGUGUGUCGGCCAAAAAGUGAAGUAUAUCAUAAAAUGUGUGAAAUAUGUGACAAACACGUGAAAAUCUAUUUGUACAGAUGCAAUGGUUAAAGCGUCCUGUUACAUUGUUGUACUCAAUAUGUAGAACUUUCUAUGUGAUUGUGUGAAGAAGAUUUUUCUAUAAUUUAUUGAUUCUUUUUAUUAAUUUAACUUGUGACCUGACCAAAAUACCCCAUCUGUCUGUUCUGUCCGAAUACUGAUGAUGAUGAAGAUGAUGUGCAAUGUUACACAGGGAAAUCUAUGUAUAGGGAUUAAAGAUUAUAUCGCGAGCGGA